CGUCUCAAAGUCCUAACCACUUACUGCACCUACCUAACCUGAUGUUGGUAGCUGACCCCGUCGCUUCCGUUGCUAUUGAUUCGAUACUAUCCAGUUUUAUCUGGUACACUGUUAGGUCUAGAUUUUGCGAGAGCCAAUAGUAAUUCACUUAUGAUUUAGCGAGGUUCCUUAACAACAAUCUUGGAACUAUUACAUCACAUCCGCAGCCUUACAAAACCCAAUCUGUUCAAUUCACCAACGCCAACAUCAACCAGAUUAACUACAUGUCUGCUCCAUCUAUCCCAAAUCUCCUCUCGCUCCGAGGUUCGAGGGGAGGGGGUCUCAGGGGUCGCGGUCGCGGACGAGGAGGUCAUCCACAUUCUACGGCGAUUAGCCAUGAUGCUACUAUCCAGGGCACAGAUACAGAUGCCGCCGUAUCGCGGAUGAGCGCCGUUGAACUUGGCUACCUGCAAGACCCAUUCGCGCAAUAUUUCGUCCAGAACACUUUCGGUGGCGCCGGCGCCGUCAGAAGGCUGCCCAUUAUAAACCGAGGGACUUAUACCCGGACUACUGCGUUGGAUAGACUAAUAUCCUCAUUCUUGGCGGGCACUGCAACGCGAGAGCGGCAAAUCAUCUCACUCGGUGCUGGCACGGAUACGAGAUGCUUUAAAUUGUUCUCUCAGCCUCACCAAGCUGGUCUUAUCUACCAUGAGAUCGAUUUCCCGGCAAUUUCUACCAAGAAACUGAACCUCGUGAAUGCCGUCCCUCAACUCAGAUCCAUCAUUGCUAAUCCGCAGGUCGAAGACAGCAGCUGGAAAAGCUCAAGUCUGCAGAAUAACUGCCAAUAUUGGUGUCACGGGUUAGAUUUGAGAGAUCUACUCAAGGAUGAUGUGAAAUCUCUUGAUGGCCUCCGGACAGAUGUUCCGACCAUCCUAGUUUCGGAAUGCUGCCUAUGCUAUCUAGAGACCUCAGAGGCUCAGGGGGUAAUCAAUUAUUUCACUGAGAAGAUACCAAACCUGGCCAUUAUCGUCUAUGAGCCAAUCCAUCCUAAUGAUACUUUUGGUAGACAGAUGGUGUCCAACUUAGCUGCGCGGCGGAUUCGUAUGCCGACGCUAGAUGCUUAUCCAGACUCUGCCAAACAGCAAUCCCGACUGAAGGAUGCAGGAUUCGUUUCGGUGAAGAGCUCUACAAUAGGGGAUAUAUGGCGAAAAUGGAUCGCAGAAGAGGAGAGAGAAAGGGUGGAUAGUUUGGAGGGGCUAGAUGAAGUUGAGGAGUGGGAUCUCCUGGCGGAUCAUUACAUCGUGGCUCGAGGCUGGAGAGGGGAUGGCUUUCAAGCGUGGGAAAAUGAAUUAUGACGGAAAUAGAGAAUGAAUCGAUGAGCGUGAGGAUACCUAUUUCUCUAUCCUCUCCAUCGUUAAAACACAUAGCAGCUAAAGAACAGAACAUAUUCAGUUCUAUAGUCUCUUGAUAGAUAUCAAAGGGAUAUUUGAUGUAUUCCCCACCUCACCUGUAAUGUGCCACUUAAUCAAUAAUAGAUAUC